UGAUGGCACUGCUGCAACCUUGUAGCUUUUUUAUCCUGCAACUUCUCUCAGCUUUAUAAGCCCCAUCUUAUCUCAGGCUUUUUACAAGAGCACUUUUGUCAAUUCGUCGUCUUUGCUGAUCAGCUUUUCGUUCUGGUUUAUUCCUUUUUACAGUAGUUAUUUUCAACUAUGAGCGAGGAGGAGCAGGCAAAGCAUCUGAUGGAAAAUGUCGGAUCAGUCUCCCCGUCAACGUCAAAACGACCACCGAGGAUGCCAAAAUGCUCUCGCUGCAGAAACCAUGGCUAUGUGUCGCCAUUGAAGGGCCACAAACGAUUCUGUAACUGGAGAGAUUGCCAGUGUCAAAAAUGUAAACUGAUUGCGGAGAGACAGCGGGUUAUGGCGGCUCAGGUGGCUCUGCGUCGUCAGCAGGCACAAGAGGAAGAGAUGGGCAUUUGCAACCCAGUCAACCUAUCAAAUGCCGAUAUAGUGGUCAAAAACGAACCGUCUGGAGACCUGCUUUUCGCGGUUGGGGCCAGGUCACCCUCAUCGGCAACUACGAGUGCAGCCUCCUCUCCCUCUGCCGCUGGGGGUCGCACUGGCCUGCCGUCCAGCCCCACAGCCGCCAGCAGAGGGCACUCUGAGGGCGCCUCUGACCUGGUGGUGGACGCCUCCUACUACAACUUCUACCAGCCCUCCCGCUACCCAGCAUACUACAGCAACCUGUACAAUUACCAGCAGUACCAGAUGCCCAAUGGCGAUGGCCGUUUGGCUGGACACAACAUGUCUCCCCAGUACCGCAUGCACUCAUACUACUCCGCCGCCUCCUACCUGAGCCAGGGCCUGGGCACCGCUGCCUGCGUGCCCCCCAUCUUCACCCUGGAGGACAACAGCAUCUGCCCUGAACCCAAGGCAGCCGUCUUCUCCCCUGGCCAGGACUCCGGCAUGGCCUGCUUGUCCAUCAACUCCAUGGUGCACCAGGAGAACAAGCCCGAGUGCGAGCCCAACUCUGAGUCCGGUGCUUUCACCGUGGACUCCAUCAUCGACGGCACCGCCAAGUAGAAGCCUGCCAAACGAGACGCAGACGCAGAAGUCAUUCAAGCCCAGAUGUCUGACAUCCCAGUGGUGCAGGGCUACAGCUCCACAUGGAUUUUUUUUUAAAUGUGCAGGUUAUGUUUUAAACAGACAAGUUCUUUUCUUUAUGGUUUGUUGCCUUACAGAGACAAUUUUUAUGUCUGUUUUACUGUUUUUCCAUCUAUACAUCCAAAAGUAGAUCAAAGAAAAACUUAAUUGAAUUGUCAUGGUAUGACACAGCAUUACUCUGCUGAGUGAUCGGGGACAGAAGUUUAUAUAUCUGCUCUUCUACAACGGCAAUUCAUAUUUUCUGAGAGAAGAAAACAAAAAUAGAUUUAUUUUUCCCUCAGCAACCCUUCUCUCUCUCUCCCUCUCUCCCUCUUUCUCUGUCUUUCUUUCCCCUCAAACUCUCAAAACACAUACUUUCUGCCGAAUGAUGGCAUUGUAAAGAUUAGCUUUUUUCAUUUCAGUUAUUGCAUUCUUGGUGUGUGUUUAAAAAAAAAAAAAAACACCAUUACAGUUUGUCAGAGAGACCGAUGACAUGUCAAUAUUCCGACAUUGUGUUUAUACCAAAAUGGCAGCGUAGGUUAGUCUCCAAGGAGGCUUGAGAAAAUGAGACAUUGAGACAUGAAUUAUGCCUCUCUCUCUACUCGAUCUCUGCCCAACGAGUGCAGCUCUUAUUUAUGGCGAGCGGCGGACAGCAUCAUUUUCACCUGGAUGAUAUGCAGCGGCAUCUGCCUCCGAGGAGCCUUGAGCUUCCUCGCGCGCACACACACACACACACACACACACACACACACACACACACACACUUGCUCAAGUUACUGUG